AUGAGUACGAUGGAUGAAAUUGAAGAAGAAUCGAAAGCAGCAGCGGAAAAAAUGGUCAUGAAUAUGAUGCAACGACCAGGACAACUUGAGAAAGUUGAACAGUAUAAAAAAAGAAUAACACACAAGAAAGCUUCAAUUGAAGCCCAAUUAAAAUCUGCAGUGCAAGGGAAACUUGAUGGUGUUAGUGUUGGAUUAAGGCAAUUACAAGAAUGUCUAGAUGAUGUACAACAAAUUAGUGUGAAAAUGGAUGAGCUAGAAGAGUUAUUAAAAGGUGUUCCACCUCUAGUUGCAUCUUUACAAGCUGUAAGAGAGGAAGACUCCAGACAUUCUCAAUAUGUUACUGCUAUGGACAGUUUGAAGCAUAUAUUUACUGUACCAGAAAGUGUUGCCAAAACCAAACAGUGGAUUGGUGAAGGGAAAUUAUUGCAUGCUCAUCAGUGUCUGAGUGAUUUGGAAAAUUCAAGAGAUGAUUUACUGUAUGAACUGCAUAGAUUGCCUAAUCAAUCAUCUCAUGACAAAAUUAUGUUAAAAGCAUAUUUUGAAGAUGUUGAGAUGGUUUCAAACUUGCUAGAGAAGCAAAUAAAGCUAAUUUUAGCAAGAACAUUAAAUACUGUCCGUAAGGAGCCUACAGUUAUUGUGACUGCUUUAAGAAUAAUUGAAAGAGAAGAAAAACGAGACCAAAUGGCAAUUCAGCAACAGGACCAGUCUGGGUUUAUGCCUCCAGGGCGGCCUAAAAAUUGGCGGACAAAAGCCUUUGAAGUAUUAGAAUGUGCCGUCGCUCAAAGAGUCGAAGGGACUCGUGUUGAUGAGCGAGAAGAUAAUAAGCUGUGGCUAAUCAGAUAUCUUGAGUUAACAAGAAUGCUCAUAUUAGAAGACUUGAGAGUCGUCAAAACACUAUGUGUACCAUGUUUCCCACCUCACUAUGAUAUUGUCAACAAAUAUGUUAACAUGUACCAUACAUGUUUGUCAACUAGUUUACAAGAUAUAGUCCAAAAUGGCUUGGAAGGAAAUGAGUAUGUGACAUUAUUGUCCUGGAUUCUAAAUACCUACUCGGGUGUGGAACUGAUGGGAAGCCCAGAAGUGAAUGUGGACGUUUCCACAUUACCCCCAUUGUUAAGCAACGAAAUUAUGCAGAAAUUACAAGAUGAAUACUUACAGAAAAUGGAGUCGAACUACAUGGAGUGGAUGGAGAAGGCGCUGGAGGCGGAGCGCGCGGAGUGGCGCGGCGAGCGCUCGCCCGACGUGGAGCCGCACACCAGCGCCUACCACACGCACGCGCCCGUCAUCAUCUUCCAGAUGAUCGACCAGAACUUGCAGGUCACCGAAACUAUAAGUAAAGAGAUUACUCAUAAGGCCUUGCUGUUAAGUAUUGAUCAAGUUACUCGUUUUGGACAUAUGUACAGAGAUGGCGUAAUACAAUUUAAGGAGACGCACUUCGCGGACCGGUCGCGCGUGGCGUACUUCACGCACCACAUGAUCACGAUCGUCAACAACAGCGAGCAGAUGCUGCGCCUCGCCGCGCAGACGCAGCUGCGGCGCCGCGCGCCCGCCGACGCCGGCUUCGCGCGCCUGCUGGACGUCUUCCAGAAAUUAAGAGAUGAAGCAGCUCAAUUCUUAUUAGAUGAGGCGUUCUUGGAUUUGGAAGAACAUUUUGACGAUCUGUUCACUACCAAAUGGCUCACAUCAAGCAUUCCAGUCGACACCAUCUGCGUAACACUCGAAGAUUAUUUCCAAGAUUAUAAUCAUUUAAGAGAGAAAAAUUUCGAGUAUGUUAUCAAUGAAGCCCAAAAUCUUGUGUAUAAGAAGUAUAUAACAGCAAUGUUGUCGAAGAAAAUAACAUUCAAAACUGUCGAGGAGGCUCAGCAGGCUGCUACUAAGAUCGUAAAAGAAGCGAAUCAGAUUAGAUCAUUCUUUAGGAAAAUAGCAUUGAACGCGGAAGGUGUCAAUGUGGACUGGCCGUUUGAUGUCAUUAAAAUGUUGGCUGAGGUGAUCCGUUGCCAGGACAUCGAGAUGCUCUCGCUGGACCUGCACGGGCUGUUGGAGAAGUGUCCGGACGUGUCGGAGGAGCAGCUGGUGCGGCUGCUGGCGCUGCGCGGGGAUGUGCCGCGCGCGCACGUGCGCGACACGGUGGCGCAUGCGCGCGCCGCGCACCGCCCGCGUGCGCCCCCGCUGGCGGCCACGCCGCGACUGUUCGCCGGCAUCACAUUUAGCGACAGGCUGCUGUCACACUUCACACUA